AUGUGUCCACGCACCACAGCCAGUGCAGCAGGCCAAUACGCUGGGGUUGCCUUGACCUCCAAACAGCCUUCCAGAGCACUUUGUUCGGAUUGGCCCCAAGACAUGUAUGAAACUGGCCGUGUACAGAUAGCAGGGUCCCUUGUGGGUCAACAAUGGGUUACCGGAGCCAUCAUCUAUGGCUACCCACAGAGCAAGUUCCACCACAAUGCCCAAGAAAAGACAGAAGGAAUCCUUGCCCAUGCCUUUGACCACAUGACCACCUUUGCACAGGGGCCACGUUACAUGGCAGGUGAUUGGAAUUACACUCAGGAUCAGCUGGCUGUCACUCAGCAUUUGCUUGCAGCAGGCUGGCAAGAGGUACAGACCUUAGAAUACCUGCGUACGGGCACCCAGCCUAGAUGCACCUGCAAAGGAAAAACCCAGAAGGACUUCCUGUGGCUUUCUCCGGAACUCGUGCAUGCCUUUCAGGGAAUGUCUUUAGAUGACGAAACCUUUCCAGACCACUCUGUCUUGAAGGCCACCUUCACCACCAAUCCGAUGUGUUUUGUGCGGUACCUUUGGCCAACACCGCAAAAUGUGCCGUGGGCCCAAGUCCCUGACCUUGACCAACCAGUGGUUUUCCAGCAAGGUAAUCCCACAGACCACUAUGCAAGCCUUUGGCAACAGUAUGAAGCCUCAGCACAAGCUGCCUUGCAACAUACCUGGACCAGCAACAUGCGGGGUAGAGGCCAAAGGACAGACACCACAGUCAAAAAGGGUUGGCCCACACCACCCAAGCAAGGCCGGAGUAGGGACCCACAACCUGCCUUCCAUGGUUAUGAUGUCCAGCACUCACGCUGGCUCAAGCAGUUGCGCCGGCUAUGGAACUACUGCAACUGGGCUCAGGCCAAUUGGCACGCUGCCACAACGCAAUCCUGGACUCAUGGACUUUUGCUCUGGCGUAGCAUUUUAGAUGCCCCAGGUUUUGGCCAGAACUUUGCCACUUGGUGGACAGGCAGGGGGUGCAUUGGACUUUCGGACCCUGGAUUUGUUCCGCACCACCCUCCUGCGCCUGACCUGGCCAUGCAGUUGUGUGAAUGCUUUGCCAGUGAAGUACGUUGCUUUGAACGUAGAUUGGUUCAAGCUCGGAAGACAGCUCGAGCUCAUGCCCACAGCCGCAACCCUAACCUGGUCUUCAAAGACGUCCAAAGACCAAUGCCAGAGCCAGUGUCGACCCUCCUGAUCCAACACAAGUCCCAGGUCACAGCAGUUGAUGCUGAUGAAGCUGCAGUGGUCAUUGACCCACCAUGCCAGUUUGAUGACACCAAACCUGUGGUCCUAGGCACCACGGCCACUGCAGUCAUCCAUGCAACCGCAGAUAAGGUUUACUUGAAAACCGUCCAAGAUGCACAGGUUGGGCAGACUGUCUCCCAAUCACACCCGGUAGGAGACUUAGACGAAGUUUUCCGUGCUUUCCAUGAGCAAUGGCAGAAGAGAUGGUGCCGACAUGAUCAGAUCCCACACUCUCACUGGGAGAACCUGAUUGCCUUCGCCAGAGCACAUAUGCCCCAGCGGACGCUUGCGGCUCUGGACAUCAACCCUGCCUUGCUGCAAGCUGAGGUUGCAUUCAAAAAGCCUACCGCUGCCACCGGUAUGGAUGGGGUAUCCCGGAAAGACCUCCAAGCAGCGGGACCCCACAUGUUACAAAGCUUGUGUAACAUGUUUGAUCGAGCGGCCUCAGAUGGAGCAUGGCCGGUGCAAGUGAUCACCGGCAAAGUAGCCAGCCUUGCCAAAGUGCCCAACCCGCAGGGUACAGGGGAUUACCGACCCAUAACGGUUUUCAGCCUGACGUACAGGUGCUUCAGCUCCCUCCAGGCCAGGCACAUGCUCACCAUGGCAGAUGAAUGGUGUCAUGCCGACAUCCAUGGCAACAGGAAGAACCACCAAACUGCCCAUCUUUGGCGAUGCCUGGUGGACCAAAUACAGUGUGCCUAUGACCAAGGCCAGACCUUGAGUGGCCUAACGGCUGACAUAGAGAAAGCCUACAACUGCUUGCCGAGGUUCCCAGUCCUGGCCAUGGCACUACAUGUAGGCACGCCUUUCAGCCUGUUGAAAGCCUGGUCUGGCGCCCUUGCCGGCAUGCUGCGACGCUUCCGAGUUAGAGACAACUACAGCUCAGGCUUCACAACCAGCACUGGACUUGCAGAAGGCUGUGCUUUGAGCUGCUACGGCAUGCUCCUGUUAGAUGAUGUCAUGCACAGAUAUGUCCAGGCACAAUGCCCUCAAUUGAGGGUGCUCAGCUUCGUCGAUAACUGGGACUUCUUGACCUGGGAUGCCACAGCAGCCACUCAGCAGCUGGACCUCCUCCUGGAUUUUGCGGGGCUGGUCGACCUGACGGUGGACCGCAAGAAGACCUUCGGUUGGUCAACAUCACCAGCCAUUAGAACCAGCCUUCGCGCCCAGGGCCUUCAGGUCAAGCACUUUGCCAAAGACUUGGGAGCACAUGUCGCUUUCUCCAGACAACGCACCAACUGCACCUUGGCUCAACGACUGGACUCUCUUGGGCCUUUCUGGACUCAGCUCAAGGGCAGCAAAGCCAGCUAUCAUAGCAAGCUCAGAGCACUGCGUUGCGUAGCAUGGCCCCGUGGACUUUUUGGGGUUUCCAGUGCUCCACUUGGGUCGGCGGUUUGGUUGAAGCACCGCCGUCUGGCAGUCCAAAGCCUGUCUUUUGAUAAACCAGGAGUUAACCCAGGCCUUCUUCUGGGAAUGGUCGAAGCCCAAGCUGAUCCUGAAUGGCUUGGAAUACUGCACACUGUGGCCGAAAAUCGUGUCAUGAGCCCUUUGGACUUUUGGGCUGUGGAAUUGGCUUAUGCAGCACACGGCCUUCUUGACCCACCUCAUGCUUCGCCGACGGCAGUGUUGCUUUCCCGGGUCCAGCAUCUGGGGAUUUCCAUCCACUUGAACGGUUUCUGGCAAGACCCUGUUGGAAGUUUCAAUCCUUCCUCCCUCAACUUUGUGGAAUUGUCCAUGCGUUUGCAGUGGUGUUGGAACCGUGUUGUUGCACAAUCCGUGACCCACCGGAAAGAUUUUGCAGGACUCCAGUAUGCAGACGUCGCUGCCACUCGACGUUGCCUGGCAGCCUUGCCAGCUGACCAACAAGCGUUGAUGAGGCUCAACCUUGCAGGUGGACUUUACACGCAAGAUGCCCACUCGCACUGGAAUGAUGGCACUGGAUCUUGCAAAUGGUGUGGGGCCCCGGGCUCUACUGUACACAGAUACUUCCAGUGCCCGGCUACCAGUCACAUCCGGCAAAGUGUGGCACCGGAUGUCGUCAGACUCCAGGAUCAACUGCCAGAUGCUAUGAAGCUCCGCAGCUGGGCAAUUCUUCCGACCACCCAUCUAGAUUGGCUCCGACUGUUGGAUUCCAUCCCCAAGACUGUUCCUCCCUGUGCGGUGCCCCUGCCCUCGUCAGGUUGGUGUCACGUGUUCACUGAUGGUUCUUGUCUGUGGCAGUCCACCCCUGACGUGCGUGUUGCUGCUUGGAGUGCGGUUCUUGCGGCCCCCCUGUCUGGCCAUUGGAAUUUUGCCGGCCACUCGGUCCUUUGUUCUGGGGUCCUCCCUGGCCUUUGCCAAACUGCGUUUCGGGCUGAACUGUUUGCCUUGUGUGUCGUCCUCCAUCAUGCAGCGGUGGGGGGCUUCCGGGUAAAAGUUUAUUCCGAUUGUUUGGGGGUUGUUAAUAGGUUUAAUUUGCUCACCCGGGGUCAGGUCAAACUGAAACAAAACAACCCCAAUGCAGAUCUUUGGCAUUGGGCUUUGGACUCUCUGGAGAGGCUGGGUGCUCACAACGUACAACUGGUUAAGGUGCCGGCGCACCGACUUGUCGCCUCGGCCAAGACACGACAAGAGGCCUGGUUGUAUUGGCACAACAGCGCUGCAGAUUGGGCAGCCAAAGUGGCAAAUUUGGAUCGUGGCUCAGCGUUUUGGCAGCGAUGGCAGGAUCAUGUGACGGCCGUUCAUGCGGCGAAAACACUACAUCAACAGGUGUGGCAACUGCAUUUACAGGUGGCUCUUUUGAGCGUGCAGCAGGAUCGUUCACUGACAUUGGAUGAAGUGGAGGUGCCUCCUCCGAGGGCGACGCGGUCUUUUACAAAAGUUUUUGACACAGUUGCUUGGCGGGGCGAGAUCCCGCUCGACUUUGCUACAGAGUAUGGCGCUGGGAUGGCUCGGAGGAUAGCCACUUGGUGGAAAGCCAGAACUACUGCUGGCGGAGGCGAGGUGAAAUGGGUCUCCUUCAUUCAUUUGUACGUGGAUUACCAACUCACAUGGGGCUGCGUUGGCCCUUUGCAGAGUGGUAAGAACUGGUUGGACUGUAAGUUGAGGCCAUAUUUGGACGGCCAGGCUUAUCCAUUUUUGAAGAGACUGAAAUGGUUCCGCAGGUGCCUAAAGCAGUUUUGGAGCAAAAGUCGACAGCGUGUGGGACUGGAGACUUGCCGGUGUGAGAGCGAAGUGCUACAAUCACACGUGGCAGCCGCUUCAAUCAGCUGGGACGCGGCAACUUUGAGGAUCGCUGAAAUUUGGAUAGCAGAGAACUGUCGAGGACCCGUGGCACGAGGAACACGACAGGACAUGGAGGCUGGUCGAGGUCUUAGGCGCCGUGCUCACGACCACCCGGAGGGCACCGGCCCGGCCUCGGCGCCUAAGCGGCGCAGCGACGCCAAGCCGAACGCUUGCGGUGGCACAGGCUCGACUGGUCAGUCUGAGGAGGAUUCCCACUCCGGGUCUGGUAGCGAGGUGCCUGAUGUGGGUUCCAGUCGAGACCCACGGCAGGUGCCAAAUUACGGCGCAGCAGAUGUAGGAUCCCCCGUUCCGACCUCGGCCGCCGAGAAGUGA